CCAGCGAAGAUGAUAGUGCAUUUCAUGCAUGUCAUGUGUAUGGAGCGGCUUCUUUGAGAAGUUACUGAAAUUUGUACUCAGAAUCAAGCUCCUAUUCCCAAAUCCUAAAGAAGAGAGUCCUUCAUUCAAGAGAAGUACUAGCCACUUAAUAGUAGUACCUUUGAAUCCACCUCGCACAGCACAUCAAUCAAAUUCAAGAUGAGUAUUAUGUCAUAUAAUGGCUCUGCCGUUCUGGCAAUGAUCGGCAAAGACUGUGUCGCUAUAGCAGCUGAUAGACGUUUUGGAAUCCAAGCACAAACUGUUUCUAUGGACUGCCAGAAGCUGUUUGAAAUGGGUCCCAGGCUGUACGUUGGUCUUUCUGGUCUUGCCACAGAUGUACAGACAGUUGCUAAUCGUCUGAAAUUUCGUCUCAACCUGUACUGUCUGAGGGAAAACAGAGAUAUCAAGCCCAAGACAUUUAUGAAUAUGGUGUCAAACUUACUCUACGAGAGAAGAUUUGGACCAUACUUCACAGAACCAGUUAUUGCAGGACUUGAUCCUAAAACCAGUGAGCCAUUCAUUUGUAAUCUAGAUCUGAUUGGUUGUCCAAUGUUUACUGAUGACUUUGUAGUAGCUGGAACAUGUACAGAACAACUUUAUGGCAUGUGUGAAUCUCUCUGGGUGCCCAAUCUGGAGCCUGAUGACCUUUUUGAGACAGCUUCUCAAGCAUUACUAAAUGCUGUAGAUAGAGAUGCAGUAUCUGGUUGGGGAGCUGUGGUCCACAUCAUUGAGAAAGACAAAAUCACCACAAGGACGGUGAAAGGAAGGAUGGACUGAUCUCAAACGAACCCAAAAUACUGUACAGUAUGUGAUGACUUGUGUAAACCCCAAUUGAUGAAAUAGAACGAUCCAGUAGGCUCUGCCCACGAUGCACAUGGGAGCAAGUACACGUUGGGCUCAAUGCCUUUCUGCACAACCUUAUUUGUCAGACCUUCAUUGCGGUGUGUUUGGUCAAUAUGCAAUGGGGCGGAGCUUAAUGGAUCGGUCUAUUGUCAUCACUGGUGAAUGGGUCCUGGAAUUGAGCUACUUCAUAAUCACUUCAACCAAUGGACCCUCAUGAAAUAUGUAAUCAUGAAAUUGCAAAUAGCCCAUGAGAACUAACAUUUUGGUUUGCAAAACUGAGGGGACAUCGCACUGUUUUGUACAUGGCUAAUGGCCUGCGAUACGAGACAGGAUUGUGAGUCUGCUUAAAGCACAACUCUGGCGUUUGCCAACCAGUAGGGUAUGUGUGCAUGCAUGAAUGUAAUUAGCAUUUUUCAUGAAAAGGGUCCAUUGGACUGGAACUACAUAUAGAUAUCACUAGCAAGCACAUCAAAAAUGGCCAAAAAUUGUUACCAUCUAAAAACUUACACAUUUAAAUAAAAUGUACUUCGGAUGUUGCUAGCGUUUGGACUGACAGUUUUUAUAUUAUUUGGAUACUCUUGUGAAAUGUGCUAGGGUCUAUUUUAUGACAAAGACACAAACCAUUGUUGCAAAAAGAUGCAAAGUCAUUUCUGUAUAUGGUGAUAUAUUAUACAUAUUUCAUUAAUCUGUCUCAUUGUGAGUUUUCUUGAAUUGGCAAUAGUAAUCACUUUACUGCAAAGUUUUAAGUUCUUUUAAUUAAAUACUUUCAGAUAAUAGACCUUUGUCACGGUGUGGUCAUCUUGAUUUUACUCCAUUUCAACUCAAUGUAACCAAACUAAGGCUGAACAAAAUAAUAGUCUGGUGCCACGCGCAAUGAAUGUUAGCAUCCAUUACGGUUAUUGGAAACAGGGAACAUUCCCAAGAUGGUGACACGUGAUAAAAGUCUGUUGAGCCUGUUUGCAGCUCUUCAUGUUAUGAUAAUUAGCUUACACUUGAGCUUUUAUACAUAUAGAAAAUGCUGGUUAUGCUGCUGGCUUUACCAGUGUUUGCCUCAGUGAGUAGAAGUUUUGUUCAACUUACAAACAUAACGUCCCAACAUUGUGUUUUAUAAAAAGAAUAGGAUUCGUUACAUUGCAUG